AUGAGCAGCAACGUUCACGGCAGGAAACGAGAGAACGUGUCCGAGGAAGCACUUCGAGCUCGACGUGAAAAGGAAGCUGGCAAAAUCAAGGCUUACAAUGACCUUGUGGAGCAAUGUCGUUCUCAGUUUGAGCAAGAGAUAUAUACACCAGAGACACUAUCAUUGACUACACGUAUUCUACAACACAAUCCCGACUAUUACACCAUAUGGAACAAGCGACGAGUGAUCUUGCAGCGUGGUAUUUUGGAGUCUGGCGAAUCGUUAUCUGAGGAGGCUAUUGCCAAAAACCGAUCCAUCUACGUCGACGAUCUCCAAUUCUUUAUGCAAUUGAUUCGUAUCAACCCAAAAUCAUACUGGCUUUGGAAUCAUCGUCGUUGGUGCCUGGAAUCGAUGCCCAACCCAGAUUGGAUGGCAGAGCUUGGCUUGGUGGAAAAGCUGUUGGCAAUGGAUGCUCGUAACUUUCAUGGAUGGGAUUAUCGACGUUAUGUGAUGGAAAAGUUACGACAGGAUGCCAAGGAUGAAGAAGAAGUUGCCAAGUUGACUCAAGGAGAAUUUGAUUUCACCACACGCAAGAUCAAACAAAGCUUCAGCAAUUACUCAGCAUGGCAUCAACGCACUCGUCUUUUACCAGAAACUGUGGCAUCCAUGUCACCUGAAGAAAAGAAUCAAGUGGCCAAACAUGAAUUGGAAUUGAUCGAGGCAGCCAUUUAUACGGAUCCAGAUGAUCAAUCAGCUUGGCUUUAUUAUCGAUGGGUUGUUGGUCGAGCUUUAUUACCGGUGCGUGUUCUUGGAGCCUAUCGAUGCGAAGGAUCUCGAGCUAUUAUCGUGGUGAUGGAUAGCGACAUCAUAUUGGCAGACGCACCCGAGCUCUUGGAUGACAAUGAUAACCCCGUAUCAGGAUCAUGGAUGUCCCUUGGACAAAGUCAACGACAUGGAUUAGUAUGGAUUGCUAUGCCAAACGGUGACAUCGACCCAUCUCGAAUCAGCAUUCAUCCCGACAUCAUUGUGCCAAAUACACCCUUAAAGUCCAAACCAGCUUCAGCUUGGCAAGGUGAAAUUAAAUCAAUACCCCAUGCUUCAGAAAUCAAUGCAUUGAUCGCCCGAUUCGAGACAACCACCACCACUACCACCACUCAAUGGUCCAAGCCAUCGCAACGACCUUACACCAUGACCAACACAUCCCAUAUUUCAGCUUGGCAUACCUUGGACCGUGUAGAGCUUCUCAAAGAUCAAGUGCGUGUUGUGCGAGACCUAUUAGACUUGGAGCCCGAUAGCAAAUGGGUAUUGCAAACGUUGGCACACUUUUUGGAUCAGCUCAGACUAGCAAAUGGCGUUGAAGAUCCCGAAAAGACCUGUCAAGAAAUCGUUUCCAUAUAUGAAACAUUAACGACGAUCGAUCCUUACCGCAUGGGAAGAUACCAAGAUGCUAAGCAAAAAGUCCUUUUGGAGAGUCACAUGGAUGCCCUUUCCAAAUCCAAUGGAGUGGAAGACCUAUGGCGUGUGAUUGAACAUGUGCAGCAUAUGACUUAG